CCUAUUCAGCUUUCCGUUUUUCCUCCACUGAGCUGACCAGACAUUACCGUCGUUGUAGAGAGCGGGCCAUCGAUUGGUUGAUGGGGUCUGGGGUGGAGAUAGCUGUUCCCGGCUCGGCGCAGGAGAGAAGCGCCAGUAGAGGCCUUUCUGGGGAGGUGUAUGUUUCUUUUCUCUUCGGCUCACUAGUUCACACCCCUGGUGGAACUGGUGAUGAGGUGCUGCGACAGGAGACGGGGAGCAAAUGAGGUUGACUUCCCAGGCUGCAGGUGAAGUGGCAGAGGCAACACUGAAUCGGGCGACUACUCAUGUUAUUCCCAAGAAUUGGUUCCGCCUGUCUAAUUUUCUAUGGUGGAGCUGGUAUGAUGGUUUCUUGGUAGUAUCAGACUAACGUUUAACAAAGAAUGUCGGUGAACCAUUUCUUUGGGAAUAAGAAGAGAAACAGCUCCAUAUUAUAUGGUGUGGAUCAGGCAAAAAUUACUGCUUUAUCUCAUCAGAGAGCUACAAGCCGAAAUAAUAUUGGAAACCAUGGAGAUGGCUUUCCUCCAAACAAGCGUUACAAAAGUCAUGCCAGAACUGAGCGUAAAGAACUGGAAGAUCCUUUUGGGGACAGUGAUGAUUUUACAGCAGAUGACUUGGAGGAGAUAGAUAUUAUUGCUUCCCAGGCAUUGACACAAAAUGUUUCUUUGAAAACAAACAUAGUGAAAACUGAGCAGAAUGCUGAGCUGUCUUCCCACUCGAACAACACCAUCAAAGCACCUCAUCUUAAGCAAUGGAAUAUUGACCUCACAACAGACACACAAUCUACUGGGCAGUUUGGAAGUGGCACAGAAGAAACCUCAUCUAGAGACAAACUGAGACUUGAAGCACUUCAUGUGCAAUAUGAGGAAACUAAGAAAAAGCUGAAGGAAAUGCAGGAUGAAAUCCUAAUUAAAAAUGGAGAAAUCAAAAUUUUACGAGAUUCAAUGCAGCAGAUGGAAUCCACUGUGGAGGAACAGCGAAAAUCGUACACACUACUAGAAAAAGAGAAAGCUCAAACUUUCAGUGAAAAAGAAAAGGAAUUCUCCAGAAAGUUACAGUCACUGACAUCUGAGCUGCAGUUUAGAGAUGCAGAAAUGAAUGAGCUGAGAACAAAGCUUUUGAACUGUGAAAGAAUUAAACCUGUUACUCCUUCAGUGUCAUAUACCAGUCCUAAGAAGAGCCCUCCUAACGCUGUAGAAGUUGAAGGAUGUACACAGAAUGAAAAAAAAAGUUAUCCUACAAAAGAUUCUUUUGGACCUGAGAGAUCACCUAAACCAGGCUGCUCCAGAACACAGUUCCAUGUGCGAGCACCUUCAGUUCAUAAGGGUUCCAUUUUGAUAAAUGCAUUGCUGAAACAGCCUAUUGUUGCUGGAUCAUCCCUAGGACUCUGCAGUCUUCUUAGCAGUAAUAUUGACACCGAACCUGGGCUGGAUGCGUCGUCUAGUUCUUUCAAUACAGGAUCUACAAGAAGCAUCAACACAAGGACUGCAAGCUCUCAAGAAGAAGAGACUUCAUUAGGAAUUGCUCAAAAACUUGCCUUAACUGGAUUGAAUUUGAUUGCUGUGGAUGAAGGCUCUUUGGAAGAAAGCUCAGAAGAAAGUGAAAUAGGAAUAUCCCCCCUUAAGCGCUAUAAAAUUCCUGGGGCAAUACAUCUUCUUCCUCUCCUGGAACAUCAUAUUAGUGCAUACCACCAAGCCCUGCUGUUAAUGAUGAAGACAGGAAGCAUUUCUUCUGGAAAUCAAUCCGUUUGUUCUUCCAGAACUUCAAGUGCAGCAUCAAGUGUAGAUGAUUUUUUAUCUACUCUAGAAGAGUUUGCACUUCUCUCUCUGGGCAUUCUUUAUUAUUUGGUAUUUCAUAGCUGGGAUGUUAUUUAUACAUUACUCUCUCUUAAUAUGAAAUCAGAUUGUGGUUUGGGAGAUUCAGAAAUUCUGGAGGAGGACAAGGCUGUUUGCAGUAAGCAGCAGAGAGCCAUUCUUCAGGAGCUCACUCCAGCCGUAGAUACUGCUAAUGUUGAUCGGUCCCAACAUUCUUUAUUUACAAAGCUGUUGCAGGUCUUGGCUUUAUGUGCUAUGGCAGCAGGGUACCAAAGACAUAGCAUCAUGAAUCAGUGCCUCAGAAUUCUAGUGAAAUUAGCUGAAAAGUCAACGGUUGACUUACUUAUAAGCUUUCAGCAUUUGUUGAAUAGACAAACGCAGACUCUGCUCCGCUGCAUAUCUUCUGAAUCUCCCUUGUUUGCUGUCCAUCUAACUGUUAGGUUGUUAACUUCACUUGCUUCACACCAGGAGCUGGCUGCUCAGUUUUGUUCAUGUUCAGAAACCUGUAUCCUCUUAGCACUCUACACAUAUAUCACAUCACGUCCAGAUAAAUCAGCAUCCGAGAUGCUUUGGCUGCAAUUGGAACAAGAGACUGUUCGCUUUCUGACCAAGUGUGUGCAAUGCUGCAGUGCAUCUGUAUUACUUGCUGGAACAGAUUGCCAGUGCAACUCUGAGGUAGUGAAGGUUCUUAUUGUAAUGAUGCAUAGACAAUGGCUGACAGUCAGAAGGGUGGAAGGAAACGUGUUUGAUGGGCGUGGAAAGCAAGUUGUUCAGCUUUUACGGGACACUGUUUUGCUAUUGCACAGUUUGUCUCAAAAGGACAAACUUUUCCAUGAACAUUGCCUGGAAGUGCUUCAUCAGUAUGAUCAUGUCAUGCCUGGAGUCAGAGCCAUCCUCAGAAAAGUUCCAAAUCUGAAAGCCUGUGAAGAGCUUGCACUGGAUGAACAGUAUCCUUUGGAGCCAGAAGCUGAUGAUCAAGAAAUGGAAUGCAGCUAAUCUUGGUUCAAGGAUAUAUUGAGUUUCUUUCUAGAAAAGGCUAACUUUGAAACUUAACUGACUGUAACUUCUUUAAUUUAAUAUAAACUUGGCAAAAUAUCAAAUAACCAGAAACUAUCACAAUGCAAGAAGUAUAUUGAUGUUUUUUCUUUUACUAUUCUAUUGAAUGAGUUUCCAGCCUAAUAUAAUAAAACACUGAUAUCUGAAGAAUGGGAUGUUAAAAAUGUCUAAAAAUCUCCAUUUCUAUGUUUAUGGGAAGGACAACUUUGCUAGUCUAAUUUUCUCAUCAGAUCAUGGAAUAUUGUGGAAAGUUGUUUAAUUUGAACUUUUUCAUUUUUUGAAAUACUUUUGUCUGAUAGAAAUCACAUCUUGUUUUUUAACAGAAAAGAUGUUUAAAUAUGUAUUUCACUGUAUUUUCAGAAGAAUACUUGUGUUCUUAAAGUGAUCAAUUUUGUGUCUGUGGCUGCAAUCCUAUAGAUGCUUCACCUGUGAAGAAGUCCCAUUGAAGUCAGUGGGGCUUACUCCUCAGUAGACAAGUAUAGGACGGCACUGUUUGUCAAGAGGGGAACCUCUGGCCUGAGGACUGAAUGCAACCCUCCAGACCUCUCUUCCUUGUCCUCAGCUCUCUUCUGGCCAUGCCCUUCCUGAGCCCUGCUCUUUGCCCUGAAGUGCCUUAGUGUGUUUGGAAUCAGUCCUUGAACUGUGAUAAUACUUCUUACUUGCCAGGAUGGAGAGAGGUGAGGGUGUGGAGUUACCUCUGGAUUUUUUUUGUACGACUGGAUUGUAGCCUGCUGUACAAAGAUCAGAAUCCUAUCCCUUGCUCUGCCAAAUUUUGCCUCUGGCCUCUCCCACCACUGUCAUGUGGUCCCUAGAAGAUUGGCCACGAUGGAAUGCGGCCCUUGGGCUGAAAAAGGUUCCCCACCCCUGGUUUAUGUAUAAAAAGGCUAUAUGAUCUUCAGGGGCUUUCAUGUUCAGAAACCACUUUGUCAAUGAAACAGUAGAGAUUCAUUGUAAAAUGGAAGAUUUACCGUUUCUGAUGCUUCUAGGCUUGUAUUAUAUAUUGUGAAAGUAAUUCUUACCGCUGAGUCUGUUUAAUGUGACUAGUUUCAGGUACAUGCUACUUCCCUGUUACUUUGUUGCUGACAUUUUUGUAUAAUUACAAUUUAUUUCCAAUACGA